CAAAAAUUGAACCUUACGAUAGUUUCGUGAUUUCUGUACUGUUCUAUAUUGUUCUAUUAAAUAUGUAACAAAAGAAUAGAAUGUAUAAUAAAUGUGACGUAGUUGAAUCCGACAAAUAGUUGAUGAAUUAAUGUGAUUUCCGCUUUUUUUACGGCUUUGCGUGCUUCAUCAAAUAACCUUUUUUCUUUAUGAAUAUGGUGACUUUCAAAUGUCAGUUCAACAUUGUACCGAAAUCAAAUCAAAUUGGGAAAAUUCAUUACGUAUUAUAGUACUAUGACAACUGAUCCAGAGCGUGCUGGAGAUAAUAGUGAAAUGGAAUCUGUUGAAGAUGAAGACGAUAACAAAGCUCCAGAGCUUUUUGCUAAAGCUUUAAAUAGGUCUGAUAUGUUAGCUGCUCUACAAGAUCGUACUGCACCUGGAAUAGAGCAAAUGCAGAAUCUUCCAGCUCCUGUAAAACGCAGAAUUAAAGCUUUGAAACAAUUACAAUUAGUUACAACUAAUAUUGAAGCAAAAUUUUAUGAAGAAGUUCAUGCCUUGGAAUGUGCUUAUUAUAAAAUGUGUGCUCCUCUUUAUGAAAAAAGAAGUGAAAUAGUAUCUGGUGUCUAUGAACCAACAGAUGAACAAUGUGUAUGGGAGAGUGAUGAUGAUGAAGAAGGAUUAACUAAUGAUUUAAAAACAAAAGUGAAUCUCGAAGAUGAUAAAGAACAGAAAAAAGAAGAAGUUGAAAAUGAAGAUAUUAAAGGCAUCCCAGAUUUUUGGCUCACAAUAUUUAAAAAUGUUGAAACAUUAGCUGAUAUGGUUCAGGAACAUGAUGAAGCAAUACUCAAACAUUUAUAUGAUAUUAGAGUGAUAUUUCUUGAUAAUCCAAUGGGCUUUGUUCUUGAAUUCCAUUUUGCGCCAAAUGAAUACUUUUCUAAUUCAGUUUUAACAAAGGAAUACAUUAUGAAGUGUACCCCUGAUAAAAAUGAUCCUUUUAGUUUUGAAGGACCUGAAAUAUACAAAUGUAAGGGAUGCGUAAUUGAUUGGAAGAAAGGAAAGAAUGUUACAGUAAAAACUAUAAAAAAAAAUCAGAAACAUAAGUCUCGAGGGUCCAUACGAACAGUAACAAAAACUGUUCAGAACGAUUCUUUUUUCAAUUUUUUCAGUCCACCAAUUGUGCCAGAAGAUUCUGAAGCAGAAUUAGAUGAUGAAACUCAAGCUUUAUUAUCCAGUGAUUUUGAAAUUGGUCAUUAUAUUAGGGAACGUAUAGUUCCUAGAGCUGUAUUGUAUUAUACAGGAGAAGGUUUAGAAGAUGAAGAUGAAGAUUACGAAGAAGAAGAAGGUGAUGAGGAUGACCCUGAGGAAGAAGAUGAAGAUGAUGAGGAGUCUUCUCCAAAUAAUGCACCACCAGGUGGGAAACAACAGGGAACAGAUCCUAAUGACUGUAAACAACAGUAGAAUUACAUACAGAUUAAACUAAGAAAAAAAAUUGUCCGUGCGUACAGUAAGCGACAACAUACAUACACAAACACUAACGAAACUUGACCGAUAACUGCCUAGAUAUCCUGCACCAGUGGCUCCAACGUAAUCCUGUUUGUAUCAAUCAUCUAAUCAUAUCAUAUCUCCUAUUCCAGAUCAAGCCUAGACUCUUCGACAUACCGGUGAAAAAAAAAUUAUGCGUAUCCUCCCUUUAUCCAACGUUGACGAUGAAUAGAAAAUAUGGCUUAUUAACAGCCUAAGAUUUAAUGUCAUAUAAGUAUAAAUGAAUUGCGCUCUCCGCUCCACGUAAUCAUUGUCAUUUUUAAUUGCUUCAUUUUAUACUAUUGUUACGUUUAUAUACAAACAAGAAAGUUAGUUGAAUUUUUUUUUAAAACGCACGUUGACCUAUGAAGAAAUUUUUGGGUACUGUUAAAGCAUUUUUAAUACAAAAAAUUGAAAAAAGCAAACAGCAGACAGCGCUUUGUUUCUUCUUGUCGUAUAACAAACAUAUAGUGCCAUUUUCCUCUCCUGUUUCUUUUUUUUUUUUUUUUUUUCUCUCUCCACUUUUUUUUUAAUUGUUAUUCUCCUUUAAGUUCUUAGUAUUCCCUUAAGUUACAUAAAGUCUUUUUAUACGGUUUUAUACUAAAUUGUUUUCAUUUCAAUUUGUUAUGGAUUUGAAUUAUACUGGAUUUUGAAACUGA